AUGGAGUCUCCUGCGGUGUACCCAGAGUCUCCUAUGGAACAGGACGACACGCCAUUUCCCUGUAAGGGCUGUGGAGAGGUAUGCGAGGCCAGUCGUACCUGUGGCACGCUCCUCGACUCAGACGCCCACCUCCUCCUACUCGGUGACGGCUCACUGAUAUGUAGCAAUUGCACGUACAGCUGCAGUUCUUGCGGGAACAAAAUUGAAGACUUGGCCAUCUUGACCGGAGAACAAGCAUUUUGCGCGCAGUGCUUCCGAUGCCGAAAUUGUAAACGGAAGAUCGAAAAUUUGCGCUAUGCACGGACGUCACAGGGUAUCUUCUGCAUGGACUGUCAUGAAUCUUUAAUGCAACGGCGCAGAAAGAGAAACCGUGCAGCUGCGCCUACGAAGAAGCCAGCGCCCGGUGUGAAACUCGACAAAUCGCUGCCUUCGCUACCCCCAGAGGAAGCCGAUCACGCACGACACACAGACGACUUGGUACCGGAUGCUUAUGCAGAACUAGUCACAGAGGGGCCAUCGCGAGGCGCAGUGCCUGCGCUGGACGCGGGAGGGAUGCCGGGCUCUGGUACUCGUACGGCUGCCGAUCAAGACAACUUAAUCCUUCCUUCCAGCACUUAUCGUAGUAAUCGCCACUCGGUGGUACCACGCGAACCCGAAAAUGAUGCCGGAGAAUUCCUUAUUCCCCUUGCAUUUGAUCCUUCUGAAGAACAGCGGUCGCCUCAGCAUUCUAAAUCUCCCGGUUCCCUGCAUCGAUCCCCUAGAGAGGGAACAGAAUCGGUGCCAUCGGGUAGCUCAUCACCGCACAUCGCGUAUCAAGAGAAGGGCCGCGAGCGUGUUGACGUUGACACCGCCCGCUGGCGGCAAGAUGAUACAAGCACCUACUCUCGCCCAACAACCAGUGAUGACUCCAGAGUGCCGCCAGAACUUCCGAGACUUGCAAGAUCAGGCUCUAUUCAGAGUUCCCGGUCCGAUUUGCCCUCUGGCCACAAGGAGACCAGCACGUUCUCCAACUCGAGCCCUGAGAGUAUGAGGUCGUCAGCUACUCCUCACCGGGACAUAUUAACGGCAGAUAGCUCUGUAGCCCCACCCAUACGGCCAUCGCAUGAGCUUCGUCGCUUGCACGAGAAUAGCGGGUCCUUGGACUCUGCGCGAUCGUUCCUGUCCUCUGGUAGCAUGCAACAUCCUCCCAAGCGCGGGGAUUCGUUGGAAAGCAAACUGCACAUUACCAGGAAGGAGCCCGGCGUGUCCCCUCGCCCACAAUCAAUUGCCCCUGGUGAACCGUGGUUUGACAGAGCUAAGGGCUCACCUAAACUAGGUGAAUCCCCUCGGGCUUCACGCAAUGACACCAAUUUGGAGCAGUCGAAGCCACCGCGCCCGAACUCAAUCAACACCUUCCAUCAGCCCGACCUACAGCGCCAGGUAGACCGCGCGGUGUCUCCAUCGGUCUUACGGUACAGUGGCGGGGGCGACUUUUCUAUGGAUGAGGAUAUGGCCCGGCUUAUGUCAUCUGACGACCCUCUGUCGGCACAGAAUAGCGAAUCGUUCUUGCGUCGUGUCUCACAUUCGGUACGCCAUGGCCGCAGCUUCAGUGAUAAAGGUUCUCGCUUGUCCAAGGAUGCCAAAUGGCCCAAGUCGCCGGUCAAUGGGAGUGCUCCAUUUCAAGACCUUGGAAGUCCCGCCCCAGAGAGCGGCGGGCCUGAAGAAGUGGCUUGGUUGCGGAGUGAGCUGCGCAAAGAGCGCCAGCGGGUCCUUGAGCGUGACCAUAAGAUUGUUGAAAUGGAAGCUAUGCUGAACGCUACUGCGGACGUGAAGCAAGUUAACACGGAGCUUAAUGAGAAACGUUCUACCAUGGUUGUGCUGGACGCUCGGAAGGAGAUUGUCAUGCGAGAGCUUUCGGUACUGACCGAUCACCUCGAAGCUGAGAAGCGUGGUGGAGGCGGCACUCUGGACCUUGGUAAGCUCACGAAUCAGGUAUUGCGGGAGUUUGUCGAGUCAAUCCAGAAAUUGAAGGACUCCUUCACACCUCAGAUCGAGGAACUGGUUCAGAAACGCAACGAGACUGCCGAAGAACUCGCAAACUUCAACCGUAUGAAGGACAAGAGCUUCCAGGAAUUUGAGCAGUUGUCCUCGAAGAAUGCCCAGUUGGCUGAAUUGAACAACCAGCUGGUGCACCAAAUCCAGGAGCUCUAUAAAGCUAAUUCGUCAGAGGGCAACCGAGGUGCGAAUGGUCUCGGGAUUUAUUCACAUGGAAAAGAGAAGUCAUUGUCUUCCAUCGACGCGCUGAAGGCCGGCAGUAAUGACUUGGCCCCAUCGGUGUCGACAGCCAACAUGUCCGAAGAGGCAGAGCCAGCCACCAUUGUUCCCGGGCCCCAAGUUGUCAGCAUUCGGAAGGGACAGCCUCGCAAGUUCAACUGGAAGAAGGGGGGCCAAAACGUCGCCAAGGGUGUCACCAAGGGUCUCAAUCGUGCAUUUGGUACGAGUGAGAGCGCCACAGAAGCUGUCCCUGGUCUGCCACGGUCCCAGACGCAGGACCCUAGCCGCCAAGGAUUUGGAUUCUUUGGAAACCAGCGGAAUAAGCAGGCUGGUACAAGGAUGCCAACGACUGACAGUGUUCCAGCUUUGGCCGAAGUGGCCCCAACAGGCCUCUUUGGCACCGACUUGGAGCAGCGGAUGGAACAUGAAAAGAGUAUCAUUCCCGCCAUCAUCACUCGUUGCAUUCAAGAGGUUGAACUACGAGGCAUGGACAUGGAAGGGAUUUACCGCAAGUCAGGUGCCAGCUCGGCGAUUCAGACUAUCCGGGAUGGGUUUGAGCGACAGCCGCAGGAUUAUGAUAUCUCGGAUCCCGACCUUGAUAUUCAUGCGGUGACAUCGGCCUUAAAGCAAUACUUCCGAAAGCUACCCAAUCCAUUGAUUACAUUUGAUGUGUACGAAAAAAUCAUUGAAACCGGCGAGAUCACUUCGCAACCUGAGCGGAUCGAAACCCUGCAGAAGUGCCUUCUGGAACUGCCCAGAGUCCACCGCGAUGUGCUCGAAUUCCUUAUGUUCCACUUGAAGCGUGUGGUUGAGCGUGAGAAGGAGAAUUUGAUGACCAGCCAGAAUAUUGCAGUUGUGUUUGCUCCGACCAUCAUGAGACCGCAGAGUUUGGCCCGUGAGAUGACGGAUGUGCAAAAGAAGAAUGAUGUGUUGAAGUUUUUGGUGGAAAAUUGUCAGGAGGUGUUCAUGGGUCUGCAAUGA